AUGAUGGAAGAGAAUGCUCAGAAGCAGGGGCCUCGCACCUUGAAUGAUUUCUGCAGUUGGCCCCAGACAGUGCUUUCAAGUCUCCUGCAGAAGCAGGAUGGCAGUGAAGGUGAACGCUUGCAUCGUUUGAGAAACAACCUGCAGUUGGGCUUGGUUAUGUACACCGACUACAGCGGUCUUGCAGGUGAACAUGAAGCCUUGUCUCAAAUGGUCGCCGCGAUGCUCAUGCAAGAUGGGCUUGCUCUGCAUGCUAAGGCAGCAGUGCAGCACUUCAGGUUCUGUGACCAUGGGGUGCUCCAGAAGAAGGUAUUGUGUGCCACCAGUGCCUUGCGUAGUCACAGGGUGUGCGUCAUGAGUGACUUGAACGACAGGCUAGCGCCAGUGGCUUGCACUUUGCUUGAUAGCAUGAUACCGAAGGGCAAGGUGCCGAAGGAACAGAUUACUGAAGCCUAUGGUUCGUUAUUGCAGUACUUGAUUGACAAUCGUGAGUGGCUGUAUCCAGCGAAUGCGCUGAGUUAUUGUGAGGUGCACCAAGGACAAUGCCCCCUGUUUCCCGAGAGGGUGAUUCCUGGAAUGCCUCUUCGCCCUUUCAAGAGACUCAAGUCAAAGGCCAGGCUUGCUGUGGAAGGCGAGGCUUCAGACAUGGAAGAAGGUUCGGCUUCAGGAGUUGAUCAAUCCGAGAAGUUGCGUGUCAACAUGGCGGGCGCCACGUGCUGUGGAUGGAGCGCCGCAGGCAAAAGCUUGCACUUCGCCGACCCCAGCGAGCGGCCGCGUGCAAUCUGGUUGGUAGAGCGCAUGCGCCGCGGUGAGACUGGCCAGGAGGAUUUCUUCGUGAGCGAGUGCACGUCUCGAUACCCGGAAAAACUUCGCGGUCCACUUUCCAUGACCCAUGAAGUGUUCAACGUGAUAGUGUCGCCCACGGAUCUGGGAUGGCCUGUGCGCCGUACUCGAGUCUUUUGCUGCGGCAUCAGCAAGAAAACUAUGGCCUGGCUCGGACCCUCACAGGAUGAUGUUGCAGAGCACUUCUUUAGUUUCUUUGGAUCUUCUUUGGAAGCAACAGGUGAUGUUUUCAUGGGCGCAGAUGUGCGUGAAGUUCGGAUGGAGAAGAUCCGUCUGGCGUCAAAGAGGGGCAUUCGGUCUCCAUUUCCUCAGGCUGGCCGGCCAGAAGAUUUCGAUGACAUGCCGAAGCAUCACAUGUAUGCGCCCGGCCAAGUGUUGCGUCUGCAACAGUAUGCAGCACUUGCAGCUCAGCGGAAUGGCGGGGCCUUCUUCUGCGACCUUGAGCAGAAUCCGGAGAGUGGGGCGAGUACACCAGGAUCAUGCAUACCUACUAUAUUGACUCACGGAACCUUACACAGCUUCAGCCAUGACCGCCCUGUUCUUUCGGAGGAGCUUUUUCAAGCUCACGGAUUCAAUUCCUUCAGCCACCAGACAACAUGGCCAGCUUCUUCAGUGACUAUGGAGAUCCUUCAGGAGUUAGGGUUGUCACCCGCGCAGAAGUUGAAGCUCCUUGGCAACGGGUGGCACUUGCCAUCAGUGACGUCAUGGCUUUACUACAUCUUGGCCCACACUGUGAAGCUGAACCGAAAUGUUUCCAUCAGCCCGAGUUGA